GCAGGGGAAAUAGUCCGAAGUUAUCUUACAAAAAUGUGUAUUUGAUGAACAAUGGCAGUCCUGCCAAACUCGUUACAGACAUUCCGUGCACGUUUCACUCUCUCUUUCCUUGACAGACACUCGCUUUAGCAUGGUCUUGGAGUUUGGCAGCAAAAUAAAUAUAUUCAAGUUGUAAGCUUUGUUUAAACAUCCCAUUGUUUUUGUUUAAAAACACAUUCAUCUACCUGUGCCACACUGGUGUUUAGCAGCGAUAACACGUUGAACUAGAAUUGUUUCUGGCCUAUGUCGUGCAAGCCGUAGCUGCCUCUGAAUCAUUGUUCUCAAGAACUGCUUCUAAAUAUGCGUGAAUGUAUUUCUAUCCACGUGGGUCAGGCCGGCGUGCAGAUCGGCAAUGCGUGCUGGGAGCUGUACUGUUUGGAGCAUUCCAUUCACCCGAACGGACAGAUGGACCACGAGAAGAUGACCAUGUCCAAUGGGGACGAGUCCUUUAACACGUUCUUCAGCGAGACGAGCGCCGGAAAGCACGUGCCACGUGCAGUGUACGUGGAUCUCGAGCCGAGCGUAGUAGACGAGGUGAGGAUGGGCACCUACAAACAGCUGUUUCACCCUGAACAGCUGAUCAGCGGGAAGGAGGAUGCCGCCAAUAAUUACGCCAGGGGGCACUACACGGUUGGCAAGGAGAUCGUGGACCUCGUUCUGGAUCGGAUCAGAAAGAUGGCGGACAACUGUACAGGUCUCCAAGGAUUCUUAGUGUUUCACAGUUUUGGUGGCGGAACCGGAAGUGGGUUCUCUUCACUACUUAUGGAGCGACUGUCUGUGGAUUAUGGGAAGAAAUCCAAGCUGGAGUUUGCGAUAUACCCAGCUCCACAGAUCUCAACCGCCGUCGUGGAACCGUACAACUCCAUCCUGACGACGCACACGACGCUGGAGCACUCAGACUGCGCCUUCAUGGUAGACAACGAGGCCAUCUACGACAUCUGCCGCCGCAACCUCGACAUCGAUCGCCCCAGCUACACCAACCUGAACCGCUUGAUCGGACAGAUCGUUUCGUCGAUCACGGCGUCGCUCAGGUUCGACGGCGCCCUCAACGUCGACCUCACAGAGUUCCAGACCAACCUCGUGCCCUAUCCCAGAAUUCAUUUCCCCUUGGUGACGUACGCGCCAAUUGUCUCGGCUGAAAAAGCUUUCCACGAGCAGAUGUCUGUGUCUGAAAUUACCAACGCCUGCUUCGAGCCCGCCAAUCAGAUGGUCAAGUGUGACCCACGUCACGGAAAGUACAUGGCGUGCUGCAUGCUGUACCGUGGUGACGUCGUGCCCAAGGACGUCAACGCCGCCAUCGCCACCAUCAAGACGAAGCGCUCCAUUCAGUUCGUUGACUGGUGCCCGACGGGAUUCAAAGUCGGAAUCAACUACCAGCCUCCAACGGUCGUCCCAGGAGGCGACCUAGCCAGGGUACAGAGAGCGGUGUGUAUGUUGAGCAACACGACGGCCAUAGCGGAGGCGUGGGCCCGGCUCGAUCACAAGUUCGACCUCAUGUACGCCAAGCGAGCUUUCGUCCACUGGUAUGUCGGGGAAGGGAUGGAGGAAGGCGAGUUCUCGGAGGCGCGUGAGGAUCUCGCAGCUCUGGAGAAAGACUACGAGGAAGUGGGCGUGGACUCGGCGGAGGAGAUCGUUGACGAGGAGGAGGGGGAAGAGUAUUGAUUGACGUUCCGUUCAGCCAGUGAUGUCACGACACACAGAUUCAUUAGCCAAUGAUUAGCGGGUGGGGCGGAGUAAUAGAAACCAGUGUAUUCUCUGGAAAUAACACCAUAACAACUUUCUUUCUUUUUCUUUUUAAUUUAGGAUCGCGCCUAUAACUCUUUUAUCACAAAUAAUAAAGGUAAAUUUGUAUAAUAAUGUGAUUAAUCGUGCGUUCAAGACAGAUUAGUGCCUUAAUUUGUAUCCUAUGUCUUUGAAAGAGUAGCAGCUUAUAUUAAAGUCAUCCAGUGUGUGUGACAUUUGAACAGCAUUGAAACUCAAACGUUUAAAAUAUGUAAGAUAAUACAAAUUAUGUUUCUUGUGACUUUGACCUUGGCAUUAUUCGGGUGUGUCCAACAAAUUUUGACGAUCUAAUCGAUCCACUUAGAAAUACUGACAAACAUGUGGAACAAAGCAACAUAUAAUAUUAUAUAUUAGAGACAAGAGGGAUGUGAAGAAAACACAGAUACUUUGACGUCAUUUUCGGGAUUAUGACGAAUUUUAAGAAAACAUUACUAUGCUCAAACAUUGUCUUCGUUUAUUAGUGCAAUACUUGUUUCACUAAAAUAUGCAUGUGCUUAUUUUGCGAAUUUUUUUUUAUGCAAUAUACAUUUUUUUUUUAUGUUUAAAACUUUACUAAUGUAAUAUAUUUUGUAUGAUAUUGGACCAUCAUGUUCAUUACUUAUUUACAUCCAUGUAUGGAAAAUACUUGCUAAAAUUAUUUUGCACAUUUAUUAUACACUUUUUUAUACGAUGUACUAGGCUUUUGUUAGAUGUGUGUACGUAUUGUUGUAAAUGUGAGUUGAUUUCUUUGAGUGUGCGGUGAGCAGUAACAUGAAAAUAAAAAUAUUAAUAGUAGGAGACGACGUUGUAAAGGUUCCAUUCAGUGAAAAUUACACGAAAGACUGAGUUGUCGGUUUUUCAAAUUGGUUGUGUGUGAUUUAUUUAUUUACUUAUUUAUUUAUUUAUUUAUUUAUUUCUCUAAGACUAUAUGCCAAAAUUACCAAAUGUCUGACAUCCAAUAGCUGAUGAUUAAUAAAUCAACGUACUCUAGUGGUGUCGUUAAAAAAGUUAUGUAUUAUUUAUUUAUUUACUUACUCGCUGGAAAAAUGUUCCUGUACACCAAAUAAAUGUAUACAGAUUUGAAUUUAUUUGAAAUCUGGUCAUGAAAUUAGGUGAAAGUAAUCGUGUAACUAUUCCCUUCUUUAUUUCAGAGAUAUUCUGUUAAUUGUAUGAGCUGUUCGCGCUUGUUGCGUACAACUUGUCUUAAUUGCAUUUCGGAUCACGUGAUCUUUUUUGUUUUUUUACAUCAUUUUGUUUUUUUAUCAUUGGACGCAUAGUAUAGGUUCUUCUCUCAGACAUUUUUUUUAUCUUGGUAUCUGAUCUGCGUCAACGUGAUGCCAUACUUCUCAGAAAAUGAACGUCUUCGAGCUAUGGGUAUGCUUGAGGUUGGAACGGCACAAACAGCUGUUACUAGACGUUUAGAUGUCUAUUACAGUUCAUAAGAACGCCAUAUAGAUGUCAACAACAGUUUAGCAAUACUAGAGAUUUUCCACGUUUAAGAAUUUUACUAGAGAUUUUUCACGUUACGUCUAUAGACCAGGCUAGUACUUGCACCUAUGGAAUCAUUUGGAAGCGACAUGCCUGAAAUUCCGAAACAACCUUGAGCGUUAUAUAGCCGAAGAACUACGCAACUGGGUACGUGAUCACAAAAUAUGACCGCGACCGUUCAGCAGCAUGUAAUCCCGUUACAACGUCACCGACGGCACACCAAGCAUGGUGUUGACAACACUUUAGUAUUGGUAUACAUUUUAAGAGAAUUUACUUUCUGCUAAUGUUUUUCUUUUUUGUGAGGACUUCCUCAGAUUUUUACCAACAUUUUUAGCUUCGUUUUCGGAAGCUAGUUUCCUUAUUUUUUUGUUUUUCUUUGAAGCUGAAAUUGAUUCAUUUUAUGACAACUGUCAUUAGACAGAUUACAGCAAAAACCAAAUAAAUGUAGAUUUCAAA